AUGGUUUUCCGAGGCUCUCGUCUCAAUCGGUGCGCAAAAGGGCGACUUUGUUGUGGAUUGCAAUGCGAGGCCGGCGUGUGUAUUUUUCUGCUUUACUUUGUCAACACGGUCGGUGGACAGAUUCGGUAUUCUAUCCCAGAGGAAAUGAAAAGGGGAUCUCUAAUCGGCAAUGUGGCACAAGACAUGGGACUGGAUCCUAAGAGGCUCGCUAAUGGCCGGGCCCGUAUCGUGACCGGAGACGGCAUCCAGUACACCGAGCUGAAGACGGACAAAGGGAUUCUAGUCGUGGGCGAGAGAAUAGACAGAGAGCAGCUCUGCGGCGACGUCACGCCGUGCAGCUUCAGCUUCGACGUUAUCUUAGAAAACCCCAUGCAGUUGCACCGCGUCACCGUGGAGAUCUUAGACGUCAACGACCACUCGCCCGUCUUUCCAACUCACGAUCUGAAUUUUGAAAUAAGCGAGUCGGCCGCGGUUGGAGCGAAAUUUCCGCUUAAAAGUGCGGAAGAUUACGAUGUUGGUCUGAACGCUUUGCAGAGUUACCGUUUAACCCCGAACGACAAUUUCGUGUUAAAACAGCACGCUAAUCCAGACGGAAGUAAAUAUGCUGAAAUGGUGCUGCAGAAGCCUUUGGACAGAGAGCAGCAGCCGCGUCUCUCUUUAAAGCUGAUCGCGGUGGACGGCGGAACGCCACAAAGAUCCGGUACAGUAAAUAUACAUAUCACGGUUUUAGAUGCAAAUGACAACGCUCCCGUCUUUAACCAGACAGUCUACAAAGCUACUGUGAGGGAAAACGCACCUGCAGGCACAUACAUUUGCACUGUGAACGCAAGUGACGCAGACAGUGGUCCGAACGGAAUAAUUACAUAUGCAUUUGCUCAAGUCAAAGGCAGCGUCGCAAAUACGUUCCGCAUCGACGAAAAUACAGGGGUCAUAUCUGUGUCAGGACGGAUAGACUUCGAGAAGGACAAGAAAUAUGAGGUUAGAGUAGAAGCAAAGGACAACGGAGGCUUAACCGAUACCAGUAAACUUGUCAUUGACGUUGUUGAUGAGAAUGACAACGCCCCGGUGAUAAAUAUCAUGUCAUUCUCCAGUCCUGUGUCUGAAGAUGCCCCUCCUGGCACCACGAUCGCUAUUAUCAAUGCAAAAGAUGCAGAUUCGGAAAGAAAUGGCCAUUUAACUUGCUCUAUAGAUGGCAAAAUUCCGUUUAAAAUAGUGUCGACUUUAGCUAACUAUUAUAAUCUGGUCUCGGAUCAGCAUUUUGACAGAGAGAUAACUCCGGCAUACAACAUAACCAUAACAGCCACCGAUUCGGGGUCUCCACCUCUCUCCAGCUCUAAAACGUUACAUCUUAGAGUCGCUGACGUCAAUGACAAUGCUCCAUCAUUUGGUAAAAGUAGCUAUUCUACCUACGUCAUAGAGAACAAUGUACCCGGAACGUCCAUAUUAACGGUCAGCGCACAAGACUCCGACUGGAAUCAGAACGCGAGAAUCUCGUACUUACUGGAGGACAUACAGAUCAGUGGUAGUCCGGUUUCUUCUUAUAUAUCCAUAAACUCUGAAACGGGAGUUUUACACGCAUUGCGCUCAUUUGAUUAUGAACAAAUUAAACAACUGCAGGUAGUUGUUAAAGCGCAGGAUGGGGGCUCUCCUCCACUCAGUAGUAACGUGACUGUGAAAAUAAUGAUCCAGGACCAGAACGACAACGCCCCUCAGGUUCUGUACCCAGUCCAGACCAGCAGCUCUCUGGUGGCUGAAAUGGUGCCUCGUUCAGCAGAUGUGGGCUAUCUGGUGACUAAAGUGGUGGCUGUUGAUGUGGACUCUGGACAGAAUGCCUGGCUCUCCUAUAAGCUGCAGAAAGCCACAGACAGGGCGCUGUUUGAAGUGGGCUUACAGAAUGGGGAAAUAAGAACUAUCCGCCAAGUCACUGAUAAAGAUGCUGUGAAACAAAGGCUGACUGUUGUAGUGGAGGACAACGGGCAGCCCUUUCGUUCAGCUACAGUCAAUGUUAACGUGGCGGUGGCGGACAGCUUCCCUGAAGUGCUCUCGGAGUUCACGGACUUUACGCACGACAAGGAGUACAAUGACAACCUGACUUUUUACUUAGUCUUGGCUUUGGCUGUAGUGUCCUUUCUCUUCAUCACCUGUUUAGUGGUCAUCAUAUCAGUGAAGAUAUACAGAUGGAGACAGUCUCGCAUCCUCUAUCAUUCCAGUCUGCCGGUGAUUCCCUAUUAUCCACCACGUUACUCAGACACUUUGGGGACAGGGACUCUCCAACACGUGUACAAUUACGAGGUGUGCAGGACGACUGACUCCAGAAAGAGUGACUGUAAGUUCGGCAGAGCCGGUAGUCAGAACGUGCUGAUAAUGGACCCCAGUUGUACAGGGACGAUGCAGCGGAUCCAGAAUGAAAAGAACAUCCUGGAUGAGCCAGACUCUCCUCUAGAGGUGAGUUAG